UGCUGAAUGCAUGGAAAGUGCUCAGUCAUGAUCGGUAACGCGAGAGUAGGUGAUGAAGUUUGUACGUGACAAAGCGCGCAGAUAAACACACCUGCUGCGGUAUCACCUGACACCCAUUCUUUUCCAUCAUCAGCAUCAUAAUCAACAUCCUCGCUGUUUGUACGCGCGACCAUGGGACGCUACAGCGGAAAAACAUGUCGCCUGAUUUUUAUGCUCGUCAUCACCGUCAUCUUCUUCGUGGCAGAGAUUGUGGCGGGAUACGUGGGCAACUCCAUCGCGCUGGUAUCUGACUCUUUUAACAUGCUGUCGGACAUUCUGUCACUGUGCGUCGGGCUGACGGCGACGCGGGUGGCGCGUCGCGCCGGCUCUGGUCGCAGCACGUACGGGCUCGGGCGGGCGGAGGUGGUCGGCGCGUUGGCAAACGCGGUGUUCUUGGCCGCGCUCUGUUUUUCCAUCUCAAUGGAGGCGUUGAAGAGGCUCGCGCGCCCCGAGGCCAUCGAUGACCCGUUGCUGGUGCUGAUCGUGGGCUCGUUGGGUCUAGCGGUGAAUCUGGUGGGUCUGGUGAUCUUCCAGGACUGCCGCUGGCUGUGCGCAAAGCGAGAGAAAGACGCGCCGGAGAAGAAAAGCCCGGAUGCAGAGGAAGCAGGCAGCCUGGCUGACCAAACCCCUUCUAAUGAUGAGGAGAAGUCUGGAAACGAUGGACCUCCUCUUAACAUAAGAGGUGUCUUGCUUCACGUGUUAAACGAUGCCCUGGGCUCAGUCGUGGUGGUUGUGGCUUCAGCUUUGUUCUAUGUGAGGCCCCUGGGGCCCGAUACCCCGUGUAACUGGCAGUGUUAUGUGGAUCCGAGUCUAACGCUCAUUAUGGUGGCCAUCAUUAUGUCAUCAGCCGUUCCACUGGUUAAAGAAACCACAGAAAUUCUGCUUCAGAUGUGCCCGGCUGACCUGCCUCUGACCGCUGUCUUGCAGAACAUUUGCAAAAUCACCAGAGUUGUGAGUAUUCACGAUGUCCAUGUGUGGGAGUUGACCAAAGGACGUAAUGUGGCUACCCUGCAUGUAAAAGUCUCUACUGACCACCACGAUCCGUCCUGGGGAACAAACGGUAUAUUGAAACUUCACACAGAGAUUCUCGAAAUCUUCCAUCGUGCUGGAGUUCACAGUGUGACCGUUCAGUUUGAGCCCAUUGAAGGAGAGCAGGACGGAGGGCAUUGCAGCGCCCCCUGUCUGUCCCCAGCCUGCAUGAAACUUUCCUGCUGUCCUGCCGGAGCCUCCUCUGUGUCUGUUUUUCACGGAAGGCCAUCCUCACCCUCUGGGGAUGAAGUUGUUGACAUGCUAGACGGUAGCAACGCCCUGUUGAGAGAGAAAGAGAGCAAACAUAUACCAGUCACAUGCUCUGAGAGCACUAAAUUUUAGCCCUAAAGUUUUGUUUCCUUAGCACCAUUACACUGGAUUCUUACCCCCUUACUGAAUCCUGAUUGGUUCUGAGAAACAGACCUAUAAUGUUUCAUAGAAAAAGAGAUUAAAUUCUGUAUUUAUUAACUGAGACACUUUGUCUGAUGUACUUCGGACUUAAAAUCUCAUGGGUGACUCUCACCACUCUUUAACCUCCCUGAGAUUGAUUCUCAAUUAUGACUCUAGGUCAUUUUUCUUAGCUAGUACUCUACAACAAAGGCUAAUAGUUUGAAUGCGAUAUUCAAAAGGGUGUAAAAUUUGUCAACAGCACGUCUGGGUCAUAAAGCCAUAUUGUAAAUAUUGAAUUAUGAUUUGCUUAUGUAAAAUUAAGUCUUUUAUUAGAGUUAUUAAAACCUAUAUUCUUAAACUGUGACAAGCAUAUUGCCUAUUGAAAUUUUAAAAUAUUUUUUCAUAGAAAGUAUAUUUUUUCCUUUUAUUUUAAAAUGGAAUGUGGGACCCGGGCAUGAUUAUGUAAGAUUCAGCUUAUGCAGUGUUUUCAUGUUUAUAAUGAUUUUUCUUUCUUUUCUAUCAAACUUGAUCAUUUACUGAUGAUUCAAGGAACAAUUUAUGGAUAACUUAAUGAAUUCAACAUAUUUUGUAAAACCUAUUAGAACAAGCUGGUUAAAUCUCAUAACAGCCUCUAUGAAUGAGACAAAUUGAUAUCAAGGGCCGUUUCUCAAUCCAAAGGCUGCAGCCUCCAGAGGUCACGGUGGUUGGAUAUGUCAUCAAGAUUGGUUUAUUUAAUUUAACUGAGCAUUACUUUCACGAGUCAUAUAUAUUACAACAAUUUACGAUUAUCUAAGAAUAACAGUCAACUUUAUAACUGAUGAUGUAUGCAGCCAGUGCCGCUGCUAGCCAUUUUGGUGCCCUAAGCAUAAUUCCUUUAUAAUGCCCCCCACCCCGACCCUGAGAAAAAAAAACUUUUGUUUUGCCAGUUUAAUAUUUUAUUACCAAACAUAUAACUUAAUAGCAGAAAGUAAAAUCUUCACAGCUUUAGCCAACACACACUACACAUUUGAAAGUGCAAACUUUUAUAGAAUAGCAAAAUAGAAAAAAAUUACCAAACUUAAAUUAUUAAAAUAAUCCAUUAUUGUAAAUUACUUUAAAUAAAUUACAUUAAAUAAACAUCAAUAAGUAAUCAAGAACACUCAAUAUUCUUAAAAAAAGAUUCAGAGAACUAAGCGUCACAGUAAUGUUUGCUUCAUAUCAUAUAUCACAACGUUUUAUAUUUAUAUAUAUUUAAGAGUCAUGAAUUGUAAGCCUACCAUGUGCAAUGACUGCUAACGUUAACUUUUACUGAGAAAGUAUUAACCACCGUCACGUCAAAAUAAACCACAAAAUAAACUACUGCUCAAUAUCUAAAGAAACGUAGUAAAGAAAGUAACAGCUGCGUCAGUUAUUUGUAAAAUGCAUAUGCAAAGGUAAUGUUUUACAGUAAAAUCUCAAUUUAGCUUGCACUGAAGUUAUAAAUUAUAACAACAUAACGUUAGUUUGCUAAACAUUAUUGUCAGCACAUCAAGUUCAAGGCGCAUUACGAUUAGCAGCAGCUGCAGCCCAUGCACAUUUCCCUUAUUUAGGAAUGAUUAAACAUGAUGGACUUACCUGCAAGUGAUGCACAGGAAUCAUCCCGCAGUUUCUUAUUUUUUCUUUUUCCGAUCCUGACUCCUGCUGUCUUAUCGGGGACGUUUCGCAUCCAAAAGUUAAAAAAUGUGUCCUUCAGAGGAUGCAGCCUUUGGAGUGAGAAAGGUCUAAGAUAUGAUAAAAUUUGAUAAAGCCCAAAAAUUUAAAUACUAGAAUUGUCAAAAAUCGAAGGGGCUUGGGUUUGACAUGUUUGGAACUUAUAAAGAAAUGUACUGUGGUAAAUCAUUAAAUGAUGGGUCAUAGUCAUUUUGGCAGUUAUCUGUCAGAAAAAAGUUUCUACUGAAGGUUUUUGUAAUAUAAGAAUCAACCCUGACAGAAAAAGACGUUUUCUCAUACAAAGAGAAUUAUCGGUUGCAAACAUCAUCUUCUAAGAUGUGCAACAAAACACUUCAGUAAUUGAAGUUCAGUUUUAAUGUCCCUUUUAAAAUGUAGACAGUACAUCAAAUUUGAAACAUAGUCUCAGUGUAUGUCUUCAACAAAUCAAAUAAUGUUUGUAUGUGUGCAGGUGUUUGUGUGAGCUGUGUUAGAGCUUGAUAUGUGCUGCUUUUUAGAAAAAUAUAAAAAUUACGUUGUUGUGGUCAAAAAUAUAUUUUUAUAUUUAUUCAACAUUGCUUUACUGUGUAUGUGAGCAAACCAGAGAAACUUUGGGAAGGAACCUCUUAGUUCCCUUUCAUAACGCAUAUAACAGAUUUAAAGUCGGACAUAAACUGCUGCCAUGUUGUACUCACAUAAAUACAUAAACAACAGAGCAUUGCCCCAUGGUGGCAAACCUCAGUAACAAUAUUCAAGUUGAUAGACAUGCAUAAUAUUUUAAUAUAAGUAUUCACACAUAUUUUACUUAUCCUUUAGCCGUCCUUAAGGUGUAUGACAUUCUUUCAUUCUUAAAAAGUAAUUCAUACAGUUAUUAAAUGUCUUCAGAGGUGACAGGAUGGGUUUUUGUAACGUUGAGUCAGAGGUCAUCCUUUUGCUUCACCUAAACUGUGUUCUAAAUUAGGUUACAGUCAUAAUUAAUAACACCUGUUGUUUCACCUUAAAAUAAUUUAAUAAGCUUUUUGAUUCGUUUUGAUGGAUUGGCUUUUUGCCGAUUUAAAUAUGGGGCACUAUGCAAAGCCAUUAUAAAGCUGAAAAUUCCUAGGAUAUUAUUUAAUAUGACUUAGACUGUGUUUGUCUGUAAGAAGAAAGUCAAAUAUAUCUAGGAUGGUUUGAGAGUGAAUGAAAUAUAAAAAAUAAUUUCAUUGUUGAUGUGAACUCUUUCUUUAAGAUAGAUACACCAAUUUUUAACAUCUCUUGCAGUAGACAUUGUAACAGACAUACAUUUUUUUUUGCAGUCGUACAAGUUCAAAAGAUUGGGAGUGAUGCUCCUUCUGUAUGGAUAGUCUUACACCAAUUGUAGAUUUAUGAAAUACAUCUUUGGGGCUCCCUUUUGGAAAUGAAACGUCACAGGCGAGUGGGACUGCUUUCUCUGGAUAGGUCUGAUGCAGACCUUCACAACCUGGAUGUUGGAAUAAAAGUGCACCCCUGACCUGUGUUUUCUGCUAUAACUCAGGACUGGUUUGUAGUAGAGGCUUGAAAC